AUGACUGCCUGCCAGGCUCCCCAGAAAACAAAAGCAGAUGACCGAGGAGCAGAUGAAAACACUUCGGAGCAGACAAUCCUCAACAUGAUUUCUCAGAGCUCUUCAGAUACAACUAUUGCAGGUUUAAUGAGCAUGUCAAGUACUUCUACUACAAGUUCAGUGCCUUCCCUUCCUACUCCUGAAGAGUCAUCCAGCAACUUAAGCAAUGUGGAAGUGUUGCCGACUGAGUGCUGGCUGCCUUCCCAACCUCCUUUUAAACUAGAACCUGCUCAUCAGACUAGUGAGAAUUUAGCACUUGUUGAUCAUUCCUUGCAACAGGACAGUUCAAAUGUGUUUAUUCCCCAGAAGCAGAAUAGUAAGAGUGUGCCGUCAGCUAAAGUGUCACUGAAAGAAUACCGUGCAAAGCAUGCGGAAGAGUUGGCUGCCCAGAAGAGGCAAUUGGAGAAUAUGGAAGCCAAUGUGAAGUCACAAUAUGCAUAUGCUGCCCAGAAUCUCCUGUCUCACCAUGAUAGCCAUUCUUCAGUCAUUCUGAAAAUGCCCAUAGAGGGCUCAGAAAACCCUGAACGGCCUUUUCUGGAAAAGGCUGACAAAGCAGCUCUCAAAAUGAGAAUCCCAGUGGCAGUUGGAGAUAAAGCUGCCUCUUCAAAACCAGAGGAGAUAAAAAUGCGCAUUAAAGUCCAUGCUGCAGCUGACAAGCUCAGUGCUAUAGAUGACGGUGUCACAAAGAGCCAAGAGCACAAAGAAAAGCACAAGACUCAUCCAUCUAAUCAUCAUCAUCAUCACAAUCACCACCCAAACAAUCACUCUCACCAACAGCUUCCUAUUGGUACUGGGAACAAACGUCCAGGUGAUCCAAAACAUAGUAGCCAGACAAGCGCCUUAGCACACAAAACCUAUAGCUGGUCUAGUUCUUUCUCUAACAGUUCUACUCGUAAAAGGGGCCCCCCUGAAGAGACUGGAGGGGCAGUGUUUGAUCAUCCAGCCAAGAUUGCCAAGAGUACUAAAUCCUCUUCCAUAAAUUUCUCCUUCCCUCCCCUUCCUACAGUGGCCCAGUUGCCUGGGCAUAGCUCAGACAUGAGUGGCCUUUCUUUUUCACAGCCCAGCUGUAAAACUCGAGUUCCUUAUAUGAAACUCGAUAAAGGGCGCACUGGAGCCAAUGGUCACAAUGCAGCCCAGACGAUAGACUAUCAAGAUACUGUGAAUAUGCUUCACUCCCUUCUCAGUGCCCAGGGUGUUCAGCCCACUCCACCCCCUGCGUUUGAAUUUGUUCAUUCCUAUGGAGAAUAUCUGAAUCCACGGGCUGGUGGAAUGUCCUCCAGAUCUGGUAAUACAGACAAACCCCGGCUACCACCUCUACCAUCAGAACCUCCUCCACCACUUCCACCCCUUCCUAAGUAAAAAAAGAAAAAGAAGAGGAAAAGACUUAUGUGAAAACACAUACUUUUUUUUUUUAACUACUGAUUCUGGACUAAGAAAAUUACUUCCCUUAUGAAAUACAUCACCCUUCUUGGACUAGGGAAUAAAUACUGAGGUGUAGGUGGGAGGGUGGUAAAGGGGCUUGGUUAUUAUAUCUACUGCCUCAGAAAUUUAACUAUUUUAUUAUAGUUUUUACUGGUAUUAGAGAGGUGAGAAUGUGUUGAAGCUGUGAAGGAUUAAGAAUACUUUAUUCUUGGCCUCUCCACCUCCUAAUUAGGUUGAUUAGAGUUAGUAUCUUCCCUCUUCUUGCCAGGACUGAAAUAUGGAAGGUUUGUUUAUCAAACACUUGUGGAUCCUUUUGGUGUUUAAUAUAUCAGAAGAGAGGAAGUGUUUAAACAUCAAAAUCUUUUAAGAGACUUAAAAAAAAUAAUUUAAAGAAAGUAAGUUAUCUGUUUAGUUUUUAUAUAUAAUUGGGGAGGGAAUAAGGAUAUUACUGUGUGUAUAAGAUACAUAGCAGUGACUUCUGGGGGGUGGGAUUCAAGGGUUGGGGGGAUGUGCAAGGGGAAUGGAGUGUUUGACUUUUGGCCAUGAGUUCUGAGAUAGGCUCCAGCCACUUGAAGUGUUGAGACCUUUAAGUAUGUAUGUGAGUGUGGGUAUGUGUGUUUUUAAGUGUGUGUAAAACCAUGUUCACACCCUGUCCCUCACCAUUCUCACUUCCCAACAGUCUACUAGAGAGAACACGGUGUGGCCUUUAGAAUGUAAAGGAAGGAAGAGGCAUGUAUUUAACAUGUAUUUUCCCUGGUCUUUAUGUUGUAGUUGAGUGGUAGCCUUCUAAAUUAUAGUUGGGGCAAGUGCAGCCAAUGGCCUCACUCUGGAUGCCAUCAUAAAAACUUCUUUUUUAACCUUUACCCUUUUUCAAAGAUGGGGAUGAGGAAGGAGGAUUGGAGAGCAAGGCCAGCUUCUGUCCUACAGAAUUGGGUGUGUCUUUUUCAAGUCUGGCUUUGGGAAAAUGUUUAAGAGCAUCCUCUGUAAAAGCCCAGACUAUAUAUGAGAAUUCUUCUGGGAGAAGCCAUGCAGCUAGAAGAUACUGAAAACAACAGAAUUAUGAUUGGGAAUUCUUAGGAUAUUUUAUUUUAAAUUACAUUAUAAUGCAAGACUUGUUUUUUAUUUGUGUAUAUGAAGGGAAACACCUGCAGCCUCAAUUUUUGCGGCCCAUACAACUUCAGAGAUUGGAGCUUGUGAAUUUAACAGUACUGGUGUCAUGAGGGUGAGCAGGCUGAGCCCACAGAUACUGUUAAUGUUCAGAUUGUCCACCUUUGGGAGCUUUAGCUUCUAGGCACAGGAUUUUCAGGAGAUAUCUAAAAGCCUUUAAAAAAUAUCAAUCAGGAGUCCUAUUUUUAGGGAUGUUUGAUUAUCCCAAAUUUUAGGAGUGAACAUUUUGUUGAGGAAGGAAAUCUUCCAAGAGGCUAGAAAAUUCUAAGCCAAGUUGUCUUUAACUAAAAAUGCCAUCAAGCCACAGAUCAUUUGGAAUAAUAUUCUUGGUCUUCAUGGCAUUUUUUGGUGUGGAAAAGAUGAUGGAAAUUGAAUUUGUCUUCUAGUUUUUAAUGCAUCUUCCUUCACACCAAAUAUUCUUUAUAGAGAAGAUGAAUUUUUUUUUCAUUGGAAGUCAUAGGAAGGUAGGAGUUGUGCUGCUACUUGCCAGGAAGAGGUUGGGGAAAAACUGAGGCAGCUGGAAUUGAUGGUGCAUUAACCUAAUAUGAGAAGGAAUUUGUACAGUAAACCUUAAGGUGAAUUAGCAUCCUGUGUCUCUGCUUAUUUGAACUGUCUGGAGUACUUGCCAUUGCUAUGUAAAUAAGCUCUUUGCUGACCUAUAAACUGUAAUAUUCUGGACUUGGAAUGUCACUUCAUUUCUGUAGAUGGCAUUUUUCUCCUUGAUAUUUUCUGUGUUGUUCUCGGUAAUUGAUAGAUGUGUUUACUAAAUUUAGGCUUUCUAAUUGUCUAGAUUUUGUUUGUUGGAGUCUCCUUUUCUUCCUGAACUUCCCAAAAGGUUUAGUUUGUAUCUGUAUCUUUGUGGAAUUGAUGAUCACUGAUUUGAUGAUGAAAAUGUCUUUUCCAGCUUUCAGUUUUUCACACCAAAUGUCAUUAUUUCUAAUGAUAUGCACUCUCAUAUACAUAGCCACUUGGCCUCAUAGCAGUUCUCCAUGGCAUGGAGUUGGUUGCUUAGAACUUUGUCAGGAGUAAACUAGAAAAAAGUGUUUAUUAAAGCCGAAGAGCUGCAUUAUGCUGCACAGUCUGGCCUUUGCACUAGUACAUCAUUGCUGAUACAGAUCAACUUAGGGACUUUACUAUAUUAAGGCCUCCUGAUGCUGUUUUAAGUUACCUGCAGUAUCUGCUUUUAGACUUAUGCAUGUCUGGGCUCUCUCUGAAGUUGCUGCAUUGUCUUUGGGCUAGUAGAUGUGCCUGUUAGGUAGCAUGGCUGUUAAGUCCAAAUUCCAUAAACUUAGGCUUCAAAGGGUUGUGUGGUUUCUAAACUGUGUCUUCUCUACCCUCACACCUUCAGAGGGUGAGAAAUGGGGAUUUGUACAGCGAAAGUUAGUCUAGUAAAUGGCUUUUUUUCCCCCCGACUUUUAAACCUAGACUAUCAAGGAUAUAUGUGGUAAAACAGGUCUGUCUGGAGCCUCAGGUUCUGUAAAUCGUGCUCCUAAAACUUUGCUUGCCCCUCAUGUUGGUAAAAAAAUGCCUGUGGAUUGUCCUUGGGGCUUUUAGUCAGAUGUCUGUGUUUCUGUUAGCCGAACUCCAGUGAAGCAUUAAUCUAAAAGCUAUAUUGGUCUUCUGAAGUAUCAGUUAUGCUUUCUGGGUUUAGAAAGUGCUUAGGAAUUAGUCUAGUGUGUUUCCAUAUCUGAGACCCCCAGCUUCCUCUUUUUUAAAAAGCGAUUUUAGUGUUUGAUUUAAUAUAUCCUUUUUCAUAGUUCUGUGUUAUUGGCUUCACCAGUGUUGAUAGAGAAAAUUUAAAUCUCCAGUUGGAAGCAGCAAUGGAUCAGGAUAUAGAAAUAAAUCAUGGUAACAUCAGUGCUGAAUGUCCUUAAACCUCUGCUGCCUAAUUCCCUGUAUUGAAAAUGCAUACCCUUCAUACUUUGCAUCUGGACAAAGGCAAUUAGAGGAGUCUUAUCCUGGUAUGAUUGGGUUUUCAACAUACUGUGUUUUCCACAGAAACACAG